AUGAAGGUCCUUAUCCUCGGUGCAAGUGGUUUCAUCGGUCGCGCAGCGGCCGACGCGUUCGUCCGUGCUGGACACAUUGUCUGGGGCCAGACCCGCAGCCACGACUCUGCCAACGAGUUUGGUCUCCAUGAGAUCCUACCAGUCGUUUGUGACCCUCACACUGCUGAGGGUCAGAAAGUCUGGGGUGCGGUGGCCAAGGACGUCGACGUCCUGCUCGACUGCCUUGCCUCUGGCGGCGCUGAGAAGGCCCUUGCCAUCUUCCACACCUUCCUCUCGGCCAUCUCUGGACGCCCUGAGGGCUCUCCCUUGCCUACCUACCUCUACACCAGUGGACACUACGUCAUGGCUCGCGGUUACGGCGGACUGGAAGCAUGGUCGGACGAGCGUCAGCCUGCCAACGCCCCUGUUAACAAGGGCACCAUUUGGCGCUCGCAGAUUGAAGUACCAGUCAUGAAGAGUGACAAGGUCAACGGCGUAGUCAUCCGCCCUACCUGCCUUUACGGCAAGGCAGGCUCGUACUUCGCCGCAUACCACUUUGACGCCGCGUACGCUGCCGCGCAGCGCGGUGACAAGGAGUUUGAAAGCAUCAGCUCGGACAGCGGCAAGAUCUCGACCAUUCACACCGAUGACCUCGCCGAUUUGUUUGUGCGCAUUGCAGAGCUUGGUAGCGUAUGCCGCGGCCAGGCCAUUGUCGCAUCCAACCCCAGCACCGACAACCUGAGGGAUAUCCUCGACGGCGUGGUGCGCGUGGCUGGACUCAAGGGAUGGAAGCGCAAGGACACUGCGGACGCUUAUGAGGUCGCCUGGAUCAGCCCGCUCCUGAACAAGUCGUCUCUUGCCCACGCUCUUACUGGCUGGACGCCCAGGAAGAUGUCGCUGUCGGACGGAAUCGAUGUGUACUGGCACUCGUAUGUCUCUACCAAGACUACUCGCAAGUCGAAGCUUUAG